AUGCUCAUCUUUGCGCCGGCCUUCUUGGCUGCUGGUAUCUAUUUGACACUCAAGCAUGUGGUCAUCCAGUUUGGCGAGGAGUGGAGCAGAGUCAGACCGAACUGGUACACGUAUAUCUUCAUCGCUUGCGACAUCUCUUCGUUGGUCAUGCAGAGUGCGGGUGGAGCGCUGGCGGCCACGGCAGACCCGGGAGAGAGCAUUGGAGACGUCGGGACGGAUCUCAUGAUUGCGGGUAUUAUCUGGCAGGUUGUUGUACUGGUGAUAUUCGGCCUCCUCGUACUGGAGUACAGUGUCCGCACCUACCACCGUCGCGAUCAGCUCUCUGCUUCGGCGCUCAGGCUCUGGUCAAACCGACGCUUCCGAUUCUUCUGCGGCGCUGUUGUAGUCGCAUACACCGCUAUAUUCGUUCGAUGCGUGUAUCGCAUUCCUGAACUGCUCGGAGGCUGGGGAGGUGAACUCAUGCGUAACGAGAUUGAGUUCAUCAUACUAGAGGGCGUGAUGAUUGCGAUUACGGUGGCGGCGCAAACAGUAUUCCACCCGGGACUGUGCUUCCCUGCGCUGGGCAAUACCAUGGGCAAGCAGAAGUAUGUCAAGGCCGGUAAAUCGGAGUCGGAAAUUGAGAUGAUGACGCCGGGCGAGACGGCAUCUAGGAGGGAUAUAUCGAUGAACCCGCCCAACCCACCGAACGACGAAUCUAGCGCUGGCAAUGGCGCGCCAACUGCGAUCGGCGGCGCAGCCACUAUGUCCGCACCUCCGCAUCCACAUGCAGAACCGCAGUCGGCAGCACCCACUGCAUGGUCGUCGCAAAUGUCUACCUUUCCUACGAACAGCGGCGCUGCUGGAAGCCCCAACUUCGGCCAGUACUCGGCAUCUACGGCAGCGAUUCUCGAACGCAUCCAAGGGAAGAACGGCCAUGCCGCCGGCAGUGCUGCCUUUGAGGCGAAGCGGGCAGAGAUCUUGCAGAGUUACGUGACUAGCGACAAACUGCCGACGCCCCCGCCAGCGGCGAGUACGGGACGUAGGGGGAGAGGGGGACGAGUUAGCACACCAAGUGGACUGAAGACGGAAGUCGGCGCAUCGCCGUCGGGCCCUUCUUCUGGUCGCGGAUCUGGUAGAGGGCGAGGAAGGGGUCGUGGUCGCGGUCGCGGAGGACGUGGAGGCAGAGGCGGCAAGCGGAAGCGAUCUGAGAGCGACGAGGAGAGCAAUAACGACAACGACGACUCAGACGUCUCAGACUCGUACACCCCACUACCCACACAAACCAAGUCCGGCCGAAGCGUCAACAAGCCCGUCACAUUUGUACCCGUCAUCCCAGAGCCAGCCAAGGGGGUCAAGCGGAGGAAGUCCACCAAGACACUACUUGCUGCGAAGUGCAAGACCUGUCACCGAGAGACCGACCCGUCGAACAACCGGAUAGUAUUUUGUGAUGCGUGUAGUACCGCGUAUCACCAGUACUGCCAUAACCCGCCCAUCGACAACGAGGUCGUCACAGUGCUGGAGAAGGAGUGGCUGUGUGGACCAUGUAUACGGGCCAAGCAGUCUGUCGUAGACGGCGCACAGGAUCUGGUCGCUGCGGAGGACCUGACUAUAGAUGAGAAACGCGCAUACUUCAAUACCCUCCCACAAAACCAGCUAGUUGGCCUCCUCCUGACUGCUACGAUCCGACAUCCAGAACUACCCAUAUUCCCUCCGAACGUAAAGAGCCUUAUACCCGAGACCUCAGCCAUCAAGUCAGAAACGCCGCAACAACAGCCCUUAUCCACCCAACACUACACCAGCUACCAACCCCCACCAUCUUUUAAUCUUGGUCAGAUAUCCUCGACUCCAAACGGCCACACAACUUCAAGCCACACACCGCAGUUCUCAUCACAUUCUCAUUCCGAGAUGGACGCUGCAGAAGCACAACUCCUCGGCGAGAGCAGCCACCAGCCGCGCACAACGAUAGAUCUCGCAGGCAACCAGUACGAAGAAGACGACGGCUACGACACCGACCCACCCGCACACUACCCCAAAGCUGGCAACGGUCUCGCACGAACACUACGGCCAGAGAGCGAAGAUCUUAAUUGGCUUGUCGACGACAACUUUGAGGUGUUCAGCCAUAGUUACCAGGGGGACGGGACAGGGCUGGGCGCUGAUGGCACACUGGAUGGCAUGGGAGAUGGACAGAAAGUAGUUUAG